GCUUCCCUCCGCCCCACAGCGCUGCGGCGGCCGCCGCCUGCCGGCCUUCCCGCCUUGGGGGGGCGGGCGCCCAGCGCGCUUCCUAACGCGGCCGCAGAGCGUGGCCUGAGGGGUGGCUGUAGUGCCCUGGCUGAGUUUACAGGUCAAGAAACUAAAGAAGAGCUCGAGAGACUUUUUUUGCAAAGCUGAAAUGCUGGCUGAUGAGCACUUAAUUAUUAGACUGGAAACCAUUUAUAAAGCUGAAGAUAAGUUCAGGCUUCGGAAGGAGAUGGGACAAAUUGAGAAACAAAGAAGUGAUGGGACACCUAGAAAGUAAUGCAUUGGAAAUAAGCUUAAUUCAGCAUUCUGCCUCCUGGAACAGGUCUUUUUUGCCCGUGCAACGUUGGGUUACAUUUUUAAGUGCUCUGGAGUUUUAUGUGUAUAUGUCAAUAUGUUUAUAAGAAAAAUGAAGUACCUGAAUAUAUUUAUUUUUAAACCUAACAAGUUCCUGAAUGCUCUCAGGAAAAAGGAAACUAUUUCUAUACAUGUUACAGCUACUCUGAUAUGCUUUUGGACAGUUAACUGUUAUUGCAGGACAAAGCCUUGCUACUGAUAAGAAGUUGCUCUUCUGCAUAGUUGAAGAGUGGACAGACUUUUUUCCUUUUAGUAGUUCUUUCUUAAGGGAAUGUUUUCUAGUCUAUGAUUUUGCUCUCUGUAAACAAGUAACAGUUAAGAAGUGUGAAUAUUCAGGGGAAAAUACAAAACAGGCAAAUGAAAACAACAGAAAAUUCAAAGCAUUAGGUAGGACUGUUAGUUGUGAAAUAACAAAGUGAAAUAAUUUAAUAUUAAACAUUCAAUCCUGCCAACUCUUGGGGGAAUUUGUGUCUUUGUUGAUCUGCCUUCCACUUUUGCCUUACUUAUUCUUUCUGUCACUUUUUUUCUUGUUCUUCCUGUUAGUGUCUUGGUAGUUGUGCUGCCAUAUGUUGUAUGAUAAAAUUUCUUCUCCUGAAACUAGUUUUUUUAAGGGAAUAAAAAACACUGCCUGUUGAGGGCCAGUGUUGUGCUGCAGGUGUCAGUCUAGACUCAAACUUGUGCUCAUUCUGCAUAUUUCAGGUAAUUUCCCUUUCUCUGAGAAAGUUGCAGGAAACCAGUUGUCGUUUUUAUUUUGUAGACCUGGAAUUACUAAACAAAAGGACUGUAAGUGGUACUUUGAGCAGUGAUUUGUGAUUGCUGAUUAGAAGUGGGGCUGAAACUCAUUGGUAGUGAGUUCAGGUUCUGUAUAUAUGCAUGCUAAAGAUGAUAUUGUUCAGUGAUGAUGUGGAAGUGAGGAGCACUGGACAAUUCUUAAAAGUCUGAGGGAGGAAACCUGAAUUGGCAAAUGUUUUGUGAUGUGUGGAGGAUUCAGUGAAUUAUGCCUUGCUUCUCCUUCCUUCUAUUUUCUCACUUCCCUAUGAGUCUGCAUACUCCUUUUUGGAGAAUAAUGGUUUUGAAAUGUUCUGUGAAAAUGGAUAUGUAAGUAAUCUUUUCUUGACAGUCACAUGAAUGUGACAUGAAAUGGCUUCUGUUCCAAUGCUGCGCAGUGUUUGUGUGUGUUAGCGUAGCUGGCAUUUACCUCUCACUUGAAGAAAGUUUUAUCAGUCUGUAUUUGCAAAUGUUGGGUUUUUUCCUUUUGUUAUAUUUCUUAAAUCUUUCUGCUGUGUAGAAAGUUUAGAUCUUCUGCAUAUAGCCCCCUGUGUUGAUUUACAUGGAGAUUUUUCUGUUUCGUUCACAGAAUUUGCUAUGCAUAGAAUUUGGGCUAAUGAAUAGUGCAACAUUUAUAUGCAACACUGUUUCAUACAAUGGGGAAUAUAUAAUCCACCAAAUAAGAGUAUGUAUUCAUUCCUGUGUGGGGACAGACAACCCCCUUGAAAAACUUCCCAACAAAAUUACUUCUUGGACUGGGAAGCAGUAGAGGGAAGUUCUACAGUUAGGAUUAUUUCAUAUAGGCUGGGAUUAUUCUUUGUAGAUCCAGGCCAAACCCGCUUCUCCCAUAGAUUCCAUCCUCUGGCAAAACCAAAACAAUGAAUUAAAAGAUUUAGAAUGAGAGAAGUGGCUGAUAUGAAUGCAGACUGUAUAAGUAGUGCAUUUUUUGUAAGGAGAAGAAAUAUGUGCUAUAUUUGCCAAAAUAAUAAACCAGCACUUUUUCCUAAUCUAACACUAAGCAGUUAAGCAUAUUAAGCUUAAAAAGCAUAGUGCCAUACACACCUCAAGGACCUGAGGCUCUAGAACCUUUCAAAUACUGCCUACUAACCUGAUGAAUGUCUCUUGAAUACUCUCUAUCAUGAGAAUUAUUAUAUAGAUUCUUGUCCUACCAUGAUCCUUUACCAGUGUGAUGGUUCAGCUGAUGCUGGAAGUGACAUGGUAAACCAGCCUGGGAUUAACCUGGCUAGUUGUUCUCUUCGUCACAUGCAGCAAGACCAGGCUAACGUUACACAGCGAUCUGCAAGGAAAAUCUGUUUCUUCUGCUUUGUAUUGUGAUUGAUAUUGGCAACUGCAGAAAAGUGCCAUAUCUCUUAAAAUCUAGCUGCUGUCUUUUACUUAAGCUUUUGCAAGACAAAUUCCUGUGCAGAAUUUGUUUCCAUUGUAUGCUUCUCUACUUUUCCUUAUAACAGACCUGCUAAGGGAGUGACUUGCUUCACUGACGUUAACAUAAGGAAGUCCAAAAUGUAAAACAAACUCAGUGCACAGUAAUGAUUAACUUCUCCUCCCACAUGUUGCUUGUCUGUGCAUUAUUAAAUAUGGUUUUACCUCUGCAGACCUGUUAGUAUAAAGAGGUUUGGCGUGCAGCUUUCAAACACGGCAAUAAGCAGAUGUUUCAGUUUCCAACCUGAAGAACAGGUUCUGCAGAUGUAAAAGGAACGAAACGUCUGCUCAGGAUUGUUACCACCCUCUGAUUCCUUUUGCCUCCUCCCACUUUGAACUUGUUACCCUGGAGCUGGACUGUUUGAAUAAGGACUGUAAGAGCUGCUUUGUGAUCAGUGAGCUGAGAGCCCUUAACAUGUAAAGUGCAGGGGUGGAGCCUUCGCUCUCAGACUUCGGAGUUCCCUCCCCCCUCUUUUUUUGUCACGCUUAUGAAGGUUCCGAUGCACCGUGCAAAGAAGCCAGGACAGCUUGUCUGCACUGUCCAGAGGGAAGAGGCAAAGAUCCACAAGUCUUCUAGGGCUGCAGAUACAUGGAUUGUUUGUUAACUCCUGCCUUGUCAUUGGAUUUUGGGGGACAUUCAGCUUGCUGAUUCAGGGAGAGGGGCUGGCCUACUCCCCCACACCCCUGCUACCCCAAAACAAUAUGGCUAUGCUGAAGGAGGGGAGAAAGUGUCACGGAAGACACACCGUACGUGUAAGAGCAAGUAAUCCUAUAAGCUGAAGAGUUGUGGCUGGACUUCAAAAAGUGUCAGAAUCACACAUGUGCCUCAGUAGAGGGUCUUGUGAAAAGUAUAUCCAGGAUAGACAAGCUUAAUUGAGCCUUGGCAAGUCAGCUCUCUCUCUCUCUGUGUUUGCAACAUGCAAGAAACCCUGGGAAGAUACACUGAAUACUUGUAACUAUUUUGCUCCUGGAAGGGCCAUUGCAUCCAUGCCAUCAAGACUGAGCUCAGUGGUAGUUCCUUCUCCACACUGAUGCUAUAAAUCCUGUUCGUCAAUGUGUGGAAUAUGUGUCAGCAGGAUUAAGCCAGGACAGUCUCUUGAAUGUGGAAUUCCAGAGAAGGCACUCAUCGUGACUUCUGAAGCAAGCCAGCAACAUCCUGAAAUUCUGGGUUUUACUAAGAUACUUCUAUUCCUCAGCUGAAUAUUUCUGCAGACAUCUGCUCUGAGAUAGUUUGACUUGGAGCAAACACUUGUUUCUAGGCUGCUCUGAAAGCUUGAGAUGGCUUUGACUUCUCCAAAACCUGUAGCAGGAGAUUUGACACAAAAACUCAUGCUCCAUGAUGGAAACGGUUUCCAUUUCCUCUCUGCAAACAUCAUCACAAUAGUGGAAAGAUGUAUGAGUUCCAUGCAAACUGGUACCCAAAUGAUCAAACUCCGUGGCAGCUCCAAAGGGUUGGUCCGCUUCUAUUACUUGGAUGAGCACAAGUCAUGUAUUCGCUGGAGACCCUCUCGAAAGAAUGAGAAAGCCAAAAUUUCUAUCGACUCUAUUCAGGAGGUUUGUGAGGGGAAGCAAUCAGAGAUCUUUCAGCGCUAUGCCGAUGGCAGUUUUGAUCCCAACUGCUGCUUCAGCAUCUACUAUGGGGACCAUAUGGAAUCUCUUGACUUGGUAUCUUCCAGUGGAGAGGAAGCACGCACCUGGAUCACAGGGCUAAAAUAUCUGAUGGCAGGGAUCAGUGAUGAAGACAGCCUCUCAAAACGCCAAAGGACCAGAGACCAGUGGUUGAAGCAGACGUUUGAUGAAGCAGAUAAAAACGGUGAUGGCAGUCUGAGUAUCAGUGAAGUGCUCCAGCUAAUGCACAAACUGAAUGUGAACCUACCCCGACAAAAAGUCAAGCAGAUGUUUAAGGAGGCUGACACGGAUGAUAACCAGGGCACAUUGGGCUUUGAUGAGUUCUGCGCAUUCUAUAAGAUGAUGUCAACACGGCGUGAUUUGUACCUGCUAAUGCUCACGUACAGCAACCACAAAGACUACCUAGAUACAGAUGACCUGAGACGCUUUCUGGAGAUUGAACAGAAGAUGACGAAUGUGACUAAAGAACACUGCCUGGAAAUCAUCAGCAAAUUUGAACCAUGCCUGGAGAACAAGAAGGAGGGAGCUCUGGGGAUUGAUGGUUUCACCAAUUACAUGCGGAGUCCAUCAGGGGACAUAUUCAACCCAGAACACUACCAAGUGAAUCAGGACAUGAGUUAUCCUUUGAGUCACUAUUUCAUUACCUCUUCACAUAAUACCUACCUCAUGGGAGAUCAGCUGAUGUCCCAGUCUAGGGUGGACAUGUAUGCAUGGGUGCUACAAUCUGGCUGUCGGUGCGUAGAAGUUGACUGCUGGGAUGGGCCAGACGGUGAACCAAUUGUCCACCAUGGAUACACUUUGACUUCCAAAAUUCUCUUCAAAGAUGUGAUUGAAACUAUCAACAAAUAUGCCUUUAUCAAGAAUGAGUACCCUGUCAUCUUGUCAAUUGAGAACCAUUGCAGUGUCAUUCAGCAGAAGAAGAUGGCUCAGUACCUUACAGAAAUCCUGGGAGACAAACUGGAUCUGUCUUCUGUGCACAAUGAUGAUUCUACCAAGCUCCCUUCACCAGCAAGUCUUAAAGGAAAGAUACUGGUUAAGGGGAAGAAACUUCCAGCCAACAUCAGUGACGAUGCAGAGGAAGGUGAAGUUUCUGAUGAGGACAGUGCUGAUGAGAUUGAUGAUGACUGUAAACUGAUGAACGGAGAUGCAUCUGCUAAUAGGAAAAGAGUGGAGAAUAUAGCAAAGAAGAAACUCGACUCGCUGAUAAAAGAAUCCAAAAUCCGUGACUGUGAAGAUCCAAACAAUUUUGCAGUUACUGCUCUACCAUCAUCAGGAAAGGCUGGUCUAAAAUCAGAUAGUAAGAAGAAUAAACUUGAGGAUGACAUGGAAUCUGGGGAAGACUUCAGUACCAGUAAAAGGCACGGCCGGUCAUUGAUGGGCAGCUUUUCUAAACGCAAGAAAAAAGGAAGCAAAUUGAAAAAGGCAACAAGUCUGGAAGAGGGUGAAGAUGAUUUGGAUUCUCAAGGAAAUUUAGCCAGGAGCUCUGUACAUUGCAGCAGGAUAAACAGACAGAAGAAAACAAUGAAGCUGUCCAGAGCACUCUCUGACCUGGUGAAAUACACGAAGUCUGUUGGCAUUCAUGAUGUUGAAACUGAAAUCUCUUCCAGCUGGCAGGUUUCAUCAUUCAGUGAAACAAAAGCCCACCAGAUACUGCAGCAAAAGCCAGCACAGUAUCUACGUUUCAACCAGCACCAGUUAUCCCGCAUCUACCCAUCAUCUUACCGUGUGGACUCUAGCAACUACAAUCCUCAGCCAUUCUGGAAUGCUGGCUGCCAACUUGUUGCACUAAACUACCAGUCAGAGGGGAGAAUGCUGCAACUGAACCGGGCCAAAUUUAGUGCCAAUGGGAGUUGUGGCUAUGUCCUCAAACCAAACUGUAUGUGUCAAGGUGUCUUUAAUCCAAAUUCUGAAGACCCACUGCCUGGUCAAUUGAAGAAACAGCUGGUUCUAAGAAUUAUUAGUGGCCAACAACUCCCAAAACCACGUGAUUCCAUGUUGGGAGACAGAGGAGAGAUUAUAGAUCCAUUUGUUGAAGUAGAAGUUAUAGGCUUACCUGUUGAUUGCUUCAAAGAACAAACUAGAGUAGUUGAUGAUAAUGGUUUUAACCCAAUGUGGGAGGAAACGUUGGUGUUCACUGUACACAUGCCGGAGAUCGCACUGAUUCGGUUUCUUGUUUGGGAUCAUGAUCCAAUUGGGCGUGAUUUUAUUGGACAGAGAACAAUAGCUUUCAGCAGUAUGAUGCCAGGUUACCGACACGUGUACCUGGAGGGUAUAGAAGAGGCAUCCAUCUUCGUUCAUGUGGCCAUUAAUGAUAUCUGUGGUAAGGCCAAACAAGCUCUAGGUCUCAAAGGCCUGUUUCUCAGAAAUCCAAAGCAGGCCUCUCUGGACAGUCAUGCUGCUGGUCAGCUCCAUCGCAAACAUUCCUUUAGCAGCCACAUCUUGAGACGGACAGCCAGUGCACCCACCAAAAGCCAGAAGAAGAACAAGAAGGGCUUUCCUGAAAUCGCUUUUGACACAAAAGACAACAGCUGCGAAGGUGUCGGUGAAGCCUGUGAAGUGGAAGCUGCCUCACAGCCUCGCUUUGAGCAAGAGCCAGAAAGUGCUGGUCUGUCACCAGCUCCCCGAGAUGGUGCCACUGGGGAGGUGCACGGCAAGGGGUUGAAAGGUAAGGCCCAUGGUUCUCGUAAAGCCAAAAGCCAGAGUUGUGCUCAAGGGGGUGCUGCUUUCAGUGAACCCAUACAGAGGUCUAACAGGGUCCGGCUUCAGGAGCACCAGAGUGAGAAGCAAAGUGUCUUUGCACGCUGUGCCAUCAACAGUUCUGGUAGGAUUGGAGUGGCCACCAAUUGCAUGAAAUGCAUGAUUGGUUCCAAAGAAAGCCCAGAUCUAGAAUGCAAGUGGAGUGACCAGCCUACCAGGCCUAUUGCUAAAGAUAUAUUUCACCACGAUCAGUAUAGCAGUAUAACUGGAGAAGAGAGAUUAGAGCUAAAAACCUGGGCUGUUAAAGGUCAGCCCAGGCAGCAAGCAGAUUUGCAGUCUUGCAGCAGCCCUGGAACUGCCGAUGAUCUAACAAGGAGCACUCAGUCUUUUGUGACCCCAGGGAAGAAAAGUCUUGAAUCUAAAUGUCACGGACUAAAGGCUCAUUCCCGGCAGCGGUGGCAGUGCCAAUCAGGUGGCAAGUAUGGAAGCACUGUCAACUUGGUUGCAGCCAGCAAUGGCUCUAUAUCCUCCAACUCCAGCAGUCUAGAAAGCCUUGGAAGCCCAGAAUUCCCCAGUCGCUGGUCUGAAACUUCUCGAAGGCAAGUGGGCACCCUACAGAGGGAAAUGAAUGCCUUGUUCGUUCAAAAAAUGGAGGAAAUUCGAAGUAAAUCCCCUAUAUUCUUUACUGAUGUCUGCCAUUUCUCAAUACAGAGGUCAGUCACUUCUUUAUGCAGCCUAGAAACUAUCACUGAAGAGCCUGUUAUUGCCAAUGAAAACCAUCAUGCCAGCCUUUUCUUCCCUCUACCCGUUACUCCUUACAGUGAUUCUGAAGAAGGGUCUGUGUCUGAUCAUUCCACCGAAUCUCGAUCAGAAGCAAGCAGCACAUCCAACCAACCUCAAGAAUCUCUACUCAGUAGAGAACAAAGAACAAAUCUGGCUGCAGAAGACCAAGUGCAGGCAGUCGCGAGAGCAGAUGACACCAGCUUAGUAGUCCAAGAAGAUGAGAGGACGAGCAUGGCAGGAUGUCUUGAAGAAGAAAAUGGUUGGACACAGGCACGCGGGAAAGCUGGAGAUGAGUAUGGAUUGGCAGGGCAUCCGCAAAGAGCCUGGCUGGAAGUGGCAGCAGAUAAGACUGCUGGCCAACCUGUUGAAAACUGCCAGAAGCGAAGUGACCGACCAGGUCAGGUAUUACCAGACACGAAAAGCACCAUUGAAUCCAAAGGGCCAGAACCUGGCACAGCAGGUGUUCUGCUGCAGCAAAACAGUGGGAUUAACAGCACACAGACAACUUCGCCUCCAGAUACUUUCCAGAAAGCCCAGGCUGCACAGGCUGUACCUGUUUCUGUUUCUCAGACCAGCUCUUACAUGUUGGUAAGAAGGUCCAAGAGUGAAGGACUGAAGGUGUCAGACUCCUCAGCCUUAAUAAAAAUUCCAAGUAGCCUGUCUCCAGCAGCAGAAAUAUACUUUGAUGCCACUGUUAAUGACCGGAUCUGGAGCAAGCUAGAUUGCAGCAAUCAUCGUGACAGCAUGUCUUCCUCUUCCAGCAUGUCCUCCAACGACACUGUGAUAGACCUCUCUCUACCCAACCUAGCUCGCAAAAGCCUCCCAGAUCUUGGCAUCCGUCAUGAAAAUUUUGAGCCCCUUGCCAUAAGAAAGGGUAUGCGUCCACGGUCUGCUACAACGUCCAGUAAUGAGAUGCCAAUGGUGAGCAAGAGCAAAUCCAAUCCUAACCUGAGGUCUGGCCAGCUGCCAGCAGAUGAGUUGUGCCCCCGUCCUCUUGCCAGGAGCCCUCAAGAUGCAUUCUCAUCCAUUCCUAGAAGGCAUACCUGGAGCAGGCUGUAUAUAGAAAGUCUCAGACAGUCUUCUAACAAAUCCAAAGCACAUGAUAUGGUUGGGAAUAACCAGGCAAAAUCCAAGAGUCUUGGAGACCUUACCUCUGAUGAUAUUGUGUGCACUUUUGAAAGCAAAUACCGUAGCAUCAGCAGGAGUUUUGUCACUCGAUCGAUGCGGGAGCAGCGCCGCUCUCCAGGCCUGAGAUCCUCAGUCAAAUCCCAGGAUGAACUGACCGAGCAGCUGAAGAAGCUGACAGCCUUUCAGCAGGAAAAUGAUAUCACUUCUCCCAUCAGUCUUGAUCCAACUGAAUCUGAAGAGGAAGGGGAGAGCCUGGGACUCCUUCGCAGGUCUUCAUCCCGCAGCCAGAGCAGGGUGCGGUACAUUGCCAACAGGGCGAAGCAAGCUCAGGAGAGGCAGCGGCUGCAGAGCCUGGGCCAGCUCAGUGGGAGUCCCAUUGAGGAGAGGGGAAAUCCAGAGGGAGCCUGCAGCGUUGCAAAAGCAGUUUGUAUGGAUAUGGCUUCUCCUGCCGUGUUUACAUCCCAGCCCAAGAACCAAACUGAUUAUAACACUGACACAGAAGUCUUCUUUAUGCUGAAACUGUAAUUCUGGGGAGCGCUGAAUAAGGCAAUGUUUACAUUCCUGUCAAAACAAAAUGUAGUGACCUGAGAGGCACAUGUCCUCAUGUGGCUCAGUGCUUCCUGGCCUUCCCUUGAUUGUAAGGGUACUUAAUGUCAUGACUCCAGCAGAAAAGCUGUGCUAAAUUUGUCAGCAGUUAUGGAAAUAGAACAAUCAAGUGAAAUUGCAGACUUGUAUUUUUACAGUCCUGGAUCUGACCUCUUUUUUUUUUUUUUUUUUUUUUUUUAAAUGACACUUUUCCCAGCCUCAAAUUUGGCCUCUUUGUGUGUGACCACUUCUUGCAUUUGCAGUUUGCUUUCUGCAAAUCUCAUGUUCUUCACUACUUUCAGUAAUUCCUUCUUAUAAUAGGUAAACAUCUGUGUGAUGUUAAUGACAGCUAAGGUACAUUUUGCUCUUACAGGUUGUGGAUCCAUGAAAAGAGGGUGGAGUUAAAGUCAUGAUCUCUGUUUCGUUUUAUUUGUUGGAAGAGUCUGAAGCCUCUGAGGGUGGGAAAUAUUCAAAAUUGUAGUGUAAUUGUUUCAUGAAUUAAUAAUGUAGUAGAUAAAGUCCAUCUUCCAUCGUGGACCUGAUUAUUCCAGUGAAGAUCCAUGUUGUCUCACUCUUUGAAGAAGAGCUCUCACUAUGUUCCAAAGCAAUGCUUUUUUAAACCAAGCUUGUUUAUAAAUAUAAAUAUAUAUAUAUACAUGUCUGUGUGUACGCAAAUAUAUGUCUGCACAUAUAUGUACACAUGCACACACUUACACUGAACUGUGACUGUUCCUUGUCUCAAAACAUCAUCUGUGGGAAUGAGACAGGAGAGAGAAGGGAAUUACUAAAAAUAGACAGGAAAUAUCUUCUGAUUUUAAUUCAGAAAUGGCUAAAAAGCAUGCUAGUCUUUUCUUGAAAACAGCAUCAUCCCUUCUUCUUGGUAUUUUAACAAUGCUGCUGUACAUAGCACUUUUUGGAUGAAUUUUACUAUUUCUGUAUUGCACUGCCAUGCAAAAUUUUCAAUUAUAUGUUUUAAAACAAAAGAGAUAUUUAAUUUUUUAGAUAGACAUAUUUAGAAUUAAAUACCAACCUAAGCAGAAUAAUAAUUUUUCCUCCCCUUUUUUUAAACUUUUUAUUUUUAAUGACGUUGUGCCCCCCCCCCCCCAGUUAUGUCAUUUAUUAUAGAUGUACAUUUUAUCAGUGAUGGAGAAGAAUGUUUACUGAGAUGCAUUUUAAAGAGAAGCAGAGGUUUAAUUUUAUUUCAGGCUGCAUAGAGUCCCUAUUAUUGAGAAGAUAUUUUGCUUUUGUUUGUAACGACUCUUUUGUGUAUAUUGCAAAAUCUAAAUAUUUGUUUGUAAAACCACCUUACACUACUAAAAUAAACAUAUUUAACCUUCCA